GUAAGAUUAGUAUUAAUUGUGCAUGGUCCCUUUUAAAUAAACCUAAUACAUAAAUAAAAUAAACUCAUGGGGUUACUUAUUCGAACAAUCAAUGGACAUUUGGAGACGAAUAAGCGGGAGGACCGCUGUCAAUCAAGGGUCAGCGCUAUCCGGGAUCCUUGGGACAUACCCCAUCGAAGUUGACAUUUUAAAGGUUUACGGUCAGGGUUAGGUUAUGGUUAAGGUUAGGGUAGGAGUUAAGGUUAGGGUUUAGGGUGGAGAUUGCACUGCCCGUCAAUCAAGUAGUCCAGAACGCGCAGAGAGCCGAUUAUGACGUGGCCUGGGCUCCUUCUACGCAACAAUGUAAAUAACGGCGUAAUUGCAGUUUUCAACACAGUGGCUCAUUUGCAAAGUUUCACUUGCUCUUGCAACAUCUGAUUUUACAGACUGCGAAGAUUACUGUAGCCUAUGAUUGCAAGACUCCGUCAUGCCUAGGAGAAGCGCGAGGCUAGUAACCGGAGGGUACUAUAACCAGUCCUCCGAUGACGAGUCUUCCUCCAGCAUCUCCUACAGGGAGAGCCCCGUCAGGGUUUUCAAUAAGAAGAGAACUGGGGGACAUAAGGAUUCUUCCCGAUCCAGUCAGGCCAGCAGCACUGUCAGUGCCACCAACUUCACCAAUGAGCGAAACAUCAAUGCUGAUGACAUUGACUUGGCUCCGACAUUGAGGGCCACCCAGAGAAGGCAGACCUUCCUGUCUCCUCCUAGUGUGGCCCCCAGUGUGGCCCUGGAGCCCAGCCUGAGCUUCUCGAGCAUGAGCUACAGCUCUGGCUACUGCUCUGAAGAGCCACAAAGGCGUAGGACAUGCUCCAGCAGGAGCUUCUCUAGUGGCAUUGGCACAAGGACCGGUGCUAGCUGCACCCGUUCAUGGUUGCCUUCCUGGUUGCCUUCCUGGUUUGCCAUCCUGCUCUUCCUCCUCACCUUUCUUCUGACCUUCGCAGUAUUCCUGUUUUCGACUGCAUUCCCCACCAUGAACCUUAAUCUGAUGACCCAACCGACUCAACCUGACCUGACUCAAAAGACUACGCAUGGAACUCCUAUCAUGAAUUCAGCUUUCGAAAUGCAAAUGGAUACUAUACUGAGAGAGAUUGAAAUUAUGAAACAGAAAGAAAACCAGCAAAGGGACAUUUCCGAGAUGUUACAAAGAAUGACUAAGGACCUGAGGUGUGUGAAGACCGAGAUUGAUGACAUGAGAGUGAGGGUGGACAGUGUGGACUUUGAGAGUGUGAGCUUUGAUCGUCGCCUGGAUCAGGAAGCUACAGAGUUCAGCAAGCAGGUGGCUGAUCUACAAGAACACCUAAUCUUUACCAGAGGAAGAGUUGGAGCCCUGGAGGAUGUCAGCGACACGCUGCAGCAUCAGGUGACCUCUAUAAAGAACCAGCCUCCUCCCGCUCUGACACCAACCAACACACACCUGACCCCUGAGUUCAAAGAGGCCAUGGGCAAAUGGCUCAGAGAUAGAUUGGCCCAGGAUGAGAGACAGGAUGUGAAACAGGUGGUGAAAGACUGCAGUCGUCCACUGGCUGACAAAAUGCCCAACUUCGCCCUCGAGUCCCAAGGUGGCAGCAUUGUAACUAGUCGGUGCUCUGAGACAUAUAAGACCGGUUCGGCCCGAGUGAGUUUCCUGGGGAUUCCCCUGUGGUUUCCAUCAGAGAGCCCCCGGACUGUAAUUCAGGGCCAGCUGGUGCAGCCUGGUAAGUGUUGGCCUUUCCACGGGGCCCAGGGCACCAUGACUGUGGCUCUGUCUCACCCUGUCCACGUCACCUACGUUACCAUGGAGCACAUCUCCACCGCCGUCUCUCUCACCGGACACAUAGACAGCGCUCCUAAGGACUUUGCCGUCUACGGCAUGACUACUGACAGUGAAGAGGGAACCCUGCUCGGGACUUUCAUGUUUAACCAGGCUGGGGAUCCAAUCCAGACAUUUAAACUGCCUAACCCUAACAGUGUGUAUCGCUAUGUGGAGCUCCGUAUCCUCAGCAACUGGGGUCACCAGGACUACACAUGUGUGUAUCGCUUCCGGGUUCACGGCAAGAUGCCUUCUGCGUGAGACAGAUCCGCUGUCCACCUCAACACCAGUGUGUCAUCCAAACCUAUAAUAUCUUAUUUUCCAUACUGGAGUGUAUAUUUUGCCUCUAGCAAAUAUGUCAAUCUAAAUAAAAUCUCUAUUUGGUCGA